UACUCGUAGAAAUGUCUACUUGCGCUUUCCGUCGUGGUCUUUUUUUGAAUCGUUGGUUCCGCAUGUUCUGCUCGUUGUACAAUAGAUAAACCUAGCAACUAUAUUUUGUUUUGUUUUUUUCUACGCCUGACUUUCUACAAUGAACGUCCAACCUUCAAAUCCCAAUAACCCAAUUGUGUUCUUUGAUGUUACAAUCGGGGGACAGGAAGUUGGAAGAAUGAAGAUUGAGCUCUUUGCUGAUGUCGUUCCUAAGACAGCAGAGAACUUUCGGCAGUUCUGCACUGGGGAGUUCAGGAAAGAUGGAGUUCCAAUCGGAUACAAAGGAUGCACGUUCCAUAGAGUGAUUAAGGACUUCAUGAUUCAAGGAGGCGAUUUUGUAAAUUCAGAUGGCACAGGAAUUUGCAGUAUCUACAGAGGACCAUUUGCAGAUGAGAACUUUAAACUCAAACACUCUGCCCCAGGCCUUCUCUCUAUGGCAAAUAGUGGCCCAGGGACGAAUGGCUGCCAGUUUUUCAUAACCUGCACAAAAUGUGACUGGUUAGAUGGGAAGCAUGUGGUAUUUGGGAAAGUGGUGGAUGGUUUGCUUGUAAUGAGAAAAAUUGAGAAUGUGCCCACAGGACCCAACAACAAACCCAAGCUACCUAUCGUCAUUGCCCAGUGUGGAGAGAUGUGAAGAUUUUUUUUAAUCACCAUUAUUUAUUGUUGGUGGUACAUAUCUGCAUGUAGGCAGACCUUUGUUAAUAUUGUCAGCUAAAAGAAAUAUAGAAGAUCAUAUGAUUUACUUUUUCAGAAAUUUGGGUUGGGGGUGUGUUGUCCUUGAUCUGGCUUUAAAUGCUUGCCUUUGGUGUCUGUGAUUUACAGUGACCAUUGAACAACAUCCCUGUGGGCUGUGUAGACUUUCUCACCAGAUCACUAGCCAUUUUUUGCCUUGAGCAACAAACUAUAAUUAUUGAGGAAUAACUGUUGUCUAUUCCCUUCUGUAAAUUCAUAAAUUAAAUAUGCAUUUUGUGGAUACUGGCAUAUAUUUUUCCACAACGAGAAUAAUUUCAUUGAACAUUUUGGAUCACUUUUAGAUCCAAUUGCUCAGUGUUUUACUGCUUUCAAGAACCCUUGAAUAAAUUUCAGGAAAUGUUUUUGUAAUAAA